AGUAGUAAUCCGAUGUAACUGAAAUCGAAUCGAUACGCCCGCUAAUAUCGUUCGCGAGAGCGCGAGCGUAUGAUUAAUCUGUAAUAAAUUCAUACCGCACGCCGCGGUGCGAUAAAAGGUCCUGAAUAAAUAUUCGCCGGGUUUAAUUUGUAACGCGUUAAGCAACGCGCGCCGGAAUUCCCAACGAGAUCGGAAGCGUGCCGUUAAUUAUUUCAGGCGGAAUGAAAGUCGGCCGAUAACGCGCGUUAAAAUCGUACUUUUAGUUUCGGCUCGCGAGACCAUUUUCCACCGGUCUGCGCGAAAAUUCGAGGGCUUCGAAUUUCGAGGUACGAGGGACUACUUUAGGCGGGCGUAGUUCGGUCGGAACAGCGACGUCGAGCACCUGUUACAGGGGCGGCGAGUUGCUAGGCGACGCUUCGCGUCAGAUCGCUGUCAGAGCUUGUCUCGUGCGGACGUAGUGCGUAGUCUUUGUUACGAAAAAAAAAAGCAGCUUCAAAUCGUACAAAUUUUGUUCUCGCAUAAAAUUUCGUAUCGUUCGAGUACUUGUCGAGGCGAAGAUAAACUAGAGAAAAGAAAGAAUCGCCGGUACAGGAGGCUAGACAAACGGAGCGAGAAGUUAAAGUAGAUUAAAUAUUUCGAGGAGAUAAUAUUUUAAUAAAUAAAUCGAAAAAUGGCCGAAGAGAAAAACGAGACGAGCCCGACCGCCGAGGGGGAAAAAGCGUCGCAGGAAAUCGUGACAAAGGACGAAAACGAGUCGAAAAGCGAGAAAAACGAGACCCAGAAGGAGGACGGGGAGGAUAAGAAGAUCGAGGAGAACGGUGAUGGCGAAAAACCGAAGGAAAACGGUGAGGAGAAACCGUCACCCGAACCAAAGGACAUGCGGGCGAUCGUUCUCAACGGUUUUGGCGGCUUGAAAAGCGUCAAGGUUCUCCGUAAACCAGAACCAACGCUCGGAGAGGGCGAGGUCCUUAUCCGCGUCAAAGCAUGUGGUUUGAAUUUCCAAGACUUGAUGGCUCGUCAGGGCGCCAUAGAUUCUCUGCCGAAAACCCCGUUCAUCAUGGGAGUGGAAUGCGCCGGUGAUAUAGAACAGGUUGGCGAAGGCGUCGAAAACUUCAAGGUCGGUGACAGGGUUGUGGCUCUUCCGGAUCACAAGGCGUGGGCUGAAUUGGUCGCUGUGCCGGCAACCUCGGUCUUCGCACUUCCUGACGGGAUGAGUUACCUAGACGCCACAACGAUCACCAUGAACUACACCGUGGCUUACAUACUUUUGUUCGAACUCGCAAAUCUUUCGCCUGGCAAAAGUCUCCUCUUACACAGCGCCGGUGGCGGAGUGGGUCAAGCAGUCGUCCAGCUGGCAAAAACAGUAAAGGACGUUGUCAUCUUCGGGGUGUGCAGUAAGUCUAAACACGAGGCUCUCAAGGAAGCCGGGACCAUUGAUCAUUUGUUGGAACGAGGAGCAGAUUACAGCGGAGAAGUUAGAAAAGUUUCUCCAGAAGGUGUUGACAUUGUACUCGACUGUUUGUGCGGAGAAGAAUGCAACAGGGGAUAUGCCCUGCUGAAACCGAUGGGGAAAUAUAUAUUGUACGGUUCCAGCAAUGUCGUAACUGGAGAAACUAAGAGCUUAUUUUCAGCUGCCCGAUACUGGUGGCAGGUGGACAAGGUCUCACCCAUCAAGCUGUUCGAUGAAAACAAAUCUCUGUCCGGCUUGAACCUCCGUCAUCUGAUGUACCAGCACAGAGGACACGCUUUUGUGAGACAGGCUGUCGAUCGGGUCUACAGUCUGUGGGCAGAGGGAAAAAUAAAGCCUGUCGUUGAUUCUACUUGGGCACUUGAAGACGUUCCAGAAGCAAUGCAGAAAAUGCAUGACAGAAAAAAUAUUGGAAAAAUUGUUCUGGAUCCCAGCAUGGAACCAAAACCAAAGCCGGCCACACCAGCUAAAGGAAAAGCCAAGGAAAAAAAGGCCGCCAGCGUUGAGGAGAAGAAAGCAUCGAGCGUUGAAUCCGAGGACGGAGAUAAGAAAAAGGAACCGGAAUUGACUAAUGGAACGUCGGAAGAUAAAUCAGAUACUGAUUCCAAGGAAAAAGAAUCCAGUUGAAUCAGCAGCGUUGGCUGAUCCGCGAAUCAUUAAGACCUGCACGAUUAUCUGUGAAAAAGUAAGAAUAAUAAUCUCGCAACGUUAGUUUUAUCACAGAUUAAAAAAUAAAUAAAAUAAUAACGAUAAUAAUAAUAAUAAUAAAGUAAAUAAAAAUAUGUCAUAUUGGGCUGCCAAGUAUAAUAAUGAAAUGGAUUUGUCAAGCAUCGAGCAAAUCGUUCUUAAUCGAUGAAUUUCUAUCAAAUUGAAAAACAAAAAUUAUAUAUAUUAGAAUCAAUACGAGCAGCGCCUGAUUAAAUAUACUAUUCAAUUUUUUUUUUUUAAUUCGUGCUGUGCUCUACAUUUCUGUAAGAUAUUAGCUUAAAAAAAGUACCUACGAUUUAUUUCAUAACUUGCAAAAGGAAAAAUAAUGAAGCAACAUCAAACUCCCAACGUUAUCUUCAAUAUCUUUGAAAAUAUUGCAUACGUACAAACAUUGAUUUAUCCUCUAUCGAAGAGUUAAACUUCUACAUCCAAUCGAAAGAUUACCAUCCGAAAAAGAAAGAGAGAAAAAAAAAAGAAAAAUGGAAUAAUGAAAAACCAAAUAUCAAUUGACGUGGUCCAUAUUAGUCUCUAACGUAAAUAUCAAUAUUAUUUUUAAUACCUAAAUUUUAAUUUUUUCAUAUCCAUCUGUAAUUUGAAUAAUAAAAUUUUAUCGAGGUUUGAAUCGCUUGAAUUUGAAGGUAAAAUGGUGUGAAAUAUAGAAUAAUUACACUGUGGCAACAUCUACCUUUUUUUGGAUAUAGAUAUAUAUAAUAAAUUGAUUCAAGCUCAAAAUGAUCAAAGGAUAUAUCAAACACGAAGGAGGUUUGAAUAACCGGCAUGUAUCUUCGAUCAUAACAUCUUUUCGAUCUUUGCAGCUCGCAAUAUAUCUACUUAUAGUACUGCCACAAAACAUUCUACAAUGACUUGCUCAGUUUUUAUAUAAAUUUAAUUAAUCGAAAGAUAAAUAGAUGCAGCUACAGUGUUUUACCUGGGCUACGUUUCAAUCCAAAUUGUAUUUGACUCAUUCUCAGAUCCUCAAAAUCUGCGAUCACACAUGAGAUGAAUGAAAUAUUUCUUCCUUCUUUGCUCUGAACGACAUCCUGUUGACCAUUAUUAAUUCUAACGUUGAUCAGGAUGACUCGAGACAAGAAGAAUUGUUGUUCGAUACUUCUGAUUGGAACUUAGCUCUGAGUAUGAAUGAUUUAUUGGAAAAGUUGAAACAUAAAUGAUACUAUGUUGGAACUCCUGCAAAAGAUACGAAAAUAAAUGAAUGUAAAAAUCAAUCUAAAUAAUUAUUGGGUGGAUAUUUUAACUCUCUAAGUCCAACUUUAUCUAUUUGGCGUUCUUUUAAUAAACGGUCUCUUAAAUUGACCGGAAGGUUUUAAUAACCAACGAAUGUUUCAAACUGUCAUAAGGGAAAAAUCAAUAAUAAUAAUGAUAAUAAACUCACGUGACUAUUAUCAAAUUAUGACACGUGACGUGCUAAAAUUUAAAAAAAUUAAAGGAUACAAAACGAAUGAAGUUUAUCCCAGAUUAGGAAUUACAAUUGAAAGAUCAACGUACCGUAAGCGGACGAUGAUCUCAUAAGAUCUCUUGAUAAUAAGCCUGCGUUUGGUUGCGUUUUCUUUUCAAACCUUUUGAAAAUUUGAAAAAAAAAAACAUUAAUUUUAUAAAUUUACUCUCUUUGUGCACUUACAGAUUUGUGCAAGUCAAGUCCAAUUAGUGUAAGACUACAACAUUAGCUAAAAACAAUAUUAUAACGAAAAUUUCACAAUACCCACCAAAACUUUUGCUACAAAACAUUUCUCGAUUAUUAUCAUUAGUUAGUUUAUCACAAAUAUUUGGCAAACAAUCACUAACGACGUAACGGCGAGUAGAUCAUUAGAGAAAUAUGCCUAAUAUCUAUUCUUAUACAUCGACUGAAUUUAGUUUCUAUAACUACUAUAUGCAUAUACAUAUAUGGUGCAUUUCAAUUGAAAUAUGGUAAAUGAUUCAACGAAAACUAUCAACAUUUCGAUCUCAUCAUAGUUUGAAAUUGAUAAGAUUUUUUGUUUUCUAUUUUAACCAAAAUCAUAUCCACAAUAGAUAAUACCCAACCUAUCAAACGUUUACCGAUCAAUUGCCUAAAAUCUUAUGACUAUUGAAAUGUAAAAUAUAUUUCUACUAUGUUUAAUAAUAACGAAAGUGCAUAUCUUUACGAGUGAACCUUGGAUCAAUUUUUCUAUAACCUGUCUGGUAAAUUUGAUACUAUAAAAUAACGCUUUAAUUUUAGAAAAACAAAAAAAAAAAUUAAUAAAAAUCUCUACCAAAUUUUUUAAUAUUCCUAUAUACUAUAUAGUUAUUAUAUCAAACAAAACGCUAACGCUAGCAGUAAAUAUAAAUAUAUAUAUAUAUACACACAAUAUAAAUAUAACAAUUUAGUUUGAGAAAAGCCAAAAAAAAUAUAAAAAAACAUGCAAAAAAUACAAAAAAAAUCAAAUAAAUAAAAUAAUACAAAAAACGUACAUACUUGCCAAUACACAAUAAUCGCGCGGCGGCUGCAUAUUUUGAAUGGAAACAAAAAAAUAAAAUAAUUAAGAAAUAAUAAUAAUAAUAUAAUGAUAUAAAUAAUAAUAAUAAUAAUAAU